UGAUACAAAUAACAAAACCCCAAAGAAAAAAAAAAAAAAAAGGCCGAAGCCUUUCUUCUUCUUCUUCCUCGUAUCAUUCAAUUUCCCAUCAUUUCCAUUUCACUGCCAUAACCAUUCCACAGUCCUCUCUCCGCCUUCAGCUCAUCCUCUCUGCACAAGGAGGUUGGAUGGCGGGGAAGUCCAACAAGGGGAGGAACCGUCGGGGUUCUCAUGGCAAUACGAGCUCCGCUGAGUCGGCUCAUGCUCAGCCUUCUGGCGCCGCCGCGAAAGAGAAUGCGAGUGCCUCCCCGGAGCCGAGUGUGGCCGACGAAAAUGGAGCUGAGCUGAAGCCCGAGGCGAAGGAGUCGGAGAACUCCGAUUCUGCGGCCCAACCUAAGCAAGGUGAUCUUCAUCUUUACCCAGUGCCUGUCAAAACACAAAGCGGGGAAAAGCUGGAGCUGCAGUUAAAUCCAGGGGACUCUGUGAUGGAUAUCAGACAGUUUCUCCUUGAUGCCCCAGAGACAUGUUUCCACACAUGCUAUGAUUUGAUCCUGCACACAAAGGAUGGUUCGAGUCAUUACCUUGAGGACUACAAUGAGAUUUCUGAAGUAGCUGAUAUCACUACUGGCAGUUGCACAUUGGAAAUGGUUCCUGCACUCUAUGACGACAGAUCAAUUAGGGCUCAUGUUCAUCGGACAAGAGAUUUGCUGUCUCUUUCCACACUUCAUGCCUCUGUAUCAACCUCGCUUGCUCUGCAGUACGAGACAGCUCAAAAUAAGGCUUCUGGUGUUAAAGAUGCCUCCAAAAUUGAGGUGCCGGAGCUUGAUGGUUUGGGUCUUAUGGAGGAUGUUACAAUGUCAUUGGGCAAUUUGCUAUCAUCUAUGUCAAAAGAAAUUAAAUGUGUGGAAAGCAUCGUAUUUUCGUCUUUUAAUCCACCUCCAAGCUAUAGAAGGCUUGUUGGAGAUCUGAUUUACUUGGAUGUAGUAACAUUAGAGGGAAAUACAUUCUGUAUCACCGGAACCACAAAGACUUUUUAUGUCAAUUCAAGCUCUGGAAAUACUCUUGACCCAAGGCCGGGUAAAGCUGCUGCUGAAGCAACCACACUUGUGGGGCUGCUGCAGAAGAUCAGCUCUAAGUUCAAAAAAGCUUUUCGUGAAAUCUUGGAGCGGAAGGCCUCCGCACAUCCAUUUGAGAAUGUUCAAUCUCUGUUGCCUCCAAAUUCAUGGCUGGGACAAUAUCCCAUUCCUGAUCACAAGCGUGAUGCAGCCAGAGCUGAGGAUGCACUAACUCUUUCAUAUGGUAGUGAGCUGAUUGGCAUGCAGCGAGAUUGGAAUGAGGAGUUGCAAUCCUGUCGUGAGUUUCCCCAUACAACGCCUCAUGAAAGGAUAUUGCGUGAUAGGGCUCUCUACAAGGUGACUUCUGACUUCGUUGAUGCAGCAGUCAGCGGUGCAAUGGGAGUCAUUAGCAGAUGCAUACCCCCAAUAAAUCCUACUGAUCCUGAGUGCUUUCAUAUGUACGUUCACAACAAUAUAUUCUUUAGUUUUGCUGUUGAUUCGGACAUUGAGCAGCUUUCCAAGAAGCGUGCUGUUGAUUCUACAUCAAUUAAUGUGGGCACUAGUUCAAUGGGUACAUCUUCUGAUACGUCAGCUGGUGAUUUACCACAUGCAAUUAGUGGAAAUGGAGAAAACAUUAAAGGGUCAAAUAUUGGGGGAAAUGCUGGUGCAGUUGAACUGGAGCCUGAGUUAUCUGCUGAGACUCAGAUCACUGACAGUGAACAGGCUACAUAUGCAUCUGCAAAUAAUGAUCUUAAAGGAACCAAAGCAUAUCAAGAGGCUGAUGUUCCUGGACUGUACAAUCUUGCGAUGGCCAUAAUUGAUUACAGGGGCCAUAGAGUGGUUGCACAGAGUGUCUUGCCCGGUAUUCUUCAAGGGGAUAAAUCAGAUUCCCUUUUGUAUGGUUCUGUUGACAAUGGCAAGAAGAUAUGCUGGAAUGAAGAUUUUCAUUCUAAGGUUUUAGAGGCUGCAAAAAGCCUUCAUCUGAAAGAACAUGCAGUGCUUGACGGCUCUGGAAAUGUCUUUAAACUGGCAGCACCAGUGGAAUGCAAGGGCAUUGUUGGCAGUGAUGAUAGGCACUAUCUUCUUGAUUUGAUGAGAGUAACACCUCGUGAUGCAAACCAUACGGGACCAGGCUCUCGAUUUUGUAUAUUGCGGCCUGAAUUGGUCACUGCGUAUUGUCAGGCCCAAGCUGCAGAGAAAUCAAAGCAUAAGUCUAAAUCAGAUGCUGGUGCUGAUAUGGCAGCAAAUUCCUCUACAGUUGCUGAUGAAAAUGCAACCAAUAAGGAAGAGGCUGAGCAGCAAGCAAAGCUUGGGGCUGUUGCUGAUGAUCAUGGGAGAACUGAAAAGGUUGAUGAGAAAGUCAAAGUUGAGGCUGAUGUUGAACCAUCAGGAAGCAAGGACAUUGCAAAACAGAAAAUGGAAGAUUCUUUGUCACAAUCGGCUCCUGUGCCUGCUGAAUCAAGUGAGGAGAUACUUUUUAACCCUAAUGUCUUCACCGAAUUCAAGUUGGCUGGCAGUGAAGAGGAAAUAGAGGCAGAUGAAGAAAAUGUGAGGAAAGUUAGUUCCUACCUUACAGAAGUGGUGCUUCCAAAAUUUAUACAAGAUCUCUGCACCCUUGAAGUUUCACCUAUGGAUGGUCAGACAUUAACUGAAGCACUCCACGCGCAUGGAAUUAAUGUUCGUUACAUUGGAAAGGUGGCUGAUGGGACAAGACAUAUGCCACAUCUUUGGGAUCUUUGUUCUAAUGAAAUCGUGGUCAGGUCGGCGAAGCAUAUUUUCAAGGAUGCUCUGAGGGAUGCAGAAGAUCAUGAUCUUGGGCCUGCAAUAUCUCACUUCUUGAACUGCUUCUUUGGAAAUUCUCAAGCUGUUGGUUCAAAAGGCACUAAUAACAGUACACCGUCAAGGAUCCAAAAGAAGGAUCAGGUUGGCCACCAUUCUUCUGGCAAAUCACCGAGGGGACAAUCAAGGUGGAAAGGCAGAACAUCUACAAAAAAGAAUCAAUCUUCAUACAGGAAUUUCAGCUCAGACUCCAUUUGGUCUGAUAUACAAGAAUUUGCGAAAGUGAAAUACAAGUUUGAUUUGGCGGAGGAUGCAAGGUCUCGGGUUAAGAAAGUUGCAGUUAUCCGCAACUUUUGCCAAAAGGUUGGCAUCUCUCUUGCUGCUCGCAAAUAUGAUCUUAAUGGCUCUGCACCAUUCCAGCCAUCUGAUAUCUUGAAUAUCCAACCAGUGGUGAAGCAUUCAAUUCCUGUAUGUUCAGAGGCGAAGGACCUUGUGGAACUUGGAAAAGUCCAGCUGGCUGAGGGCAUGCUCAGUGAAGCCUACACAUUGUUUUCUGAGGCAUUUUCAAUGCUUCAGCAGGUCACUGGUCCGAUGCACCGUGAGGUGGCUAAUUGCUGCCGGUAUCUCGCCAUGGUUCUAUAUCAUGCAGGGGACAUGGCUGGUGCAAUUAUGCAACAGCACAAGGAAUUGAUCAUAAAUGAACGCUGCCUAGGCUUAGACCACCCUGAUACUGCUCACAGUUAUGGCAAUAUGGCACUUUUCUACCACGGGCUGAACCAAACAGAGCUCGCACUCCGGCACAUGUCACGGGCCCUACUCUUGCUGAGCCUUUCAUCAGGCGCUGAUCACCCCGAUGUUGCUGCUACCUUCAUCAAUGUUGCGAUGAUGUAUCAAGACAUAGGGAAGAUGGAUACUGCCCUUCGGUAUCUCCAGGAGGCAUUAAAGAAGAAUGAGAGGCUUCUAGGAGAAGAACAUAUCCAAACUGCAGUUUGCUAUCAUGCUCUUGCUAUUGCUUUCAACUGCAUGGGCGCAUUUAAGCUAUCUCAUCAGCACGAGAAGAAAACCUAUGACAUUCUUGUUAAGCAACUCGGUGAGGAGGACUCAAGAACGCGGGAUUCGCAGAACUGGAUGAAGACCUUUAAGAUGCGUGAGCUUCAGAUGAACGCUCAGAAGCAGAAAGGACAGGCUUUAAACUCUGCGUCUACCCAAAAAGCCAUUGACCUCUUGAAGGCUCAUCCUGACUUGUUGCUACAAGCUGCUGCUGCAGCAGGAGGUUCCGGAAGCUCGAGUGCCUCGAUCAACCCGACUCUCGCUCGAGGAAGAGGUGUUGAUGAGAGGGCCGCCCGUGCAGCUGCUGAAGCCAGGAAGAAAGCAGCGGCUCGGGGCAUCAUGAUCCGACAGAAUGGUGUUCCUGUCCACUUACAGCCCCUCACCCAACUCCUCAACAUCAUAAACUCUAGUGCGACUCCAGAGGCAGCGGCUAGUAAUAACAACGAAGAAUCAGAUGCAACGAAGACGGAAAUUAAUGGGCACACAGCUUGUGCCACGACAAAUAGCGGGGAAGAUAAAAAGGAAGAACAGGUGACUUCUCAGCAGGGUCAGCCCCCAGUCGGUUUGGGCCGAGGAUUGGCUUCCCUUGACUCGAAGAAGCAGAAGACACUGUCUAAAGCCAUGGUUUAAAAAGGUGAGAGGUCCUGUGACUUUUCGUUUUCCAUUGAGCAUAGAAGACAAACAAAUAUCACCUAUUUUUGGAGAAAAGUGGAAGUGUUCGAGAAUCAGUCCUUCAUUCUCAAGGAGGAAUCGGAGUUUUGGAAGUCAAAACUUACUAAUGAGAGGGGUGGUUUCUGAAGCGUGUCUCGAGUAUGAUCUUGCUGCAAGAUUCGGUUACUACUACUGUGCGGUCGAUACAGGGUUAAGUAUUCAAUAAAUUUUGAGGCAAGACUUUCUUUUGUCGUGAUAUUCCUGAAUUUUUUUGCAAAAUCAUGUGGAUGAAUCUCAUGUGAUAAGUAUUUUUGGGGCGAAUUUGUCGAAGCAUAUUGUUCGAUGGUAGGUGUCUUGUUCUUGUUUCUCCCUUUUAAUGUGUAAAAACAGCUUCCCAGAUGGGAUUGAACUAUUCCCACAUCCAAUAACAAAGCCAAAAUCCAUUUCGCUA